AUGGGAGGUUGGCUUACAACAUAUUUUAAAAAUAUUUUGAAACUGCACGACGAGGUAUUAGUUGAAUACUACACUGGGAUACUAGAAGACCCUGAUUUAUCAAAUGAAGAGAAACUCGCAGUCUUACGAGAAAGUUUGAGCGAGAGUGGUAGCCCGGUGCUGACGUCGCAAGAUAAAAUUGAGGAAGCAUUAAAUGAAAUAUUAUGCAACUAUCAGAAUCCAAGCCAGCAAGAAGAAGGAAAUAUUGGUGGAUUCGAAAAUGAAAAUUUAGAUUCAAAUUAUACUAAUUCGUCGAAUUUGGCUUCUGUUGAAUUUAUAUCUUUGUUAAAUCCUAAAGCCAAAGAAUUCAAACCUUCUUUUCUUGUAGCGAAUGAUAACCCUGUAUCCGAUGGUUUUACACGAGAGGAAGAGAAUAAUGACAAUGAUAUACCCAAUACUUUUGUCGAAAAUUAUGAGAAUUCAAUGUCAGGAGAUAAUGAAGAUUAUGAAUUGAGUGGAUCUUUAUAUGACGAUGAAGAUGAAGAAGAAAGUGAUCUUUACUUAAAUAUGUCUCCGACGGAAUUACUGCAUCAAAUAUUCACGGAUGUUGAGCCGGAUCAUUUAAUAAAAAUUUUUGAACAAAGUAGUUUUGAUCUAGAGUGCACUUUGAAUGAGUUACUUAAUAUCGGAAAUACAACCGUAUCUGCUGUAGUAACUAAAUCAUCAUCAUCAUCAACCACAUUAACGAAAGAAAAGGGAAAACAAAUGUGUCGAUUCUUCCUUGAGGGAACUUGUUUUCGUAAAGAUUGCAUGUUUUCACAUGAUUUGCAGAAUGUGAUCUGCAAGUUUUGUGAUGAAAUGAAUAAAUGUCAAGAAGGAUUAACCAUGCAUAACUUUAGGAUGCGUGGUAGCUGUUUAGCUGGCGACAAUUGUAUCUUUAUUCACGAGAUUGAUCUCAAUAGAGUACGUAAUGCGUUGGAUGCAUCAUACAAUAACUACAUUGAUGGACAAGUAAACCAUACGAUUCCGGAUGCUCUUGAUAAAUCAGCAUUUCCUGAUCUUUUAUCCUCAUCUACAGUUCAAAUUACCAAAAAAACAGCAUCGUCUUUUUCUUCACCAUCGCAAUUUGCUAAUGUGGUCAAACGUCGACGAUUAUCUGAACAAUUUCCCUGGAUAGACUCUAAUAUAAUUAAUUCGCAUCUCGCCGCACACGAAAAUAAAAUUGAUGCGACAGCUGCUAUCCUAGAGAAAAAAUAUCCGCGACCUACAAAUUUUGUCCUUACGAAGGCAAUCCCUGCCAGAUUACCAUCAUUGUCAAAGAGACGGCGUGCUGCUCUUGUCAUCAAACCGCCGGAACAUAUUCCUUGGCUUGUAACCGGAAGCGCUUUAUCUGCUGAAUACAAAAAAUAUCGAUCUCAAGCACUGGCUUGCGGUCGGAAACGUAAUGCUGCAAGUUUAUACGAGCGUGCAGCUAGUUCAUAUAAAUCAAAUCGUGGAGAUUUAGCAAAAAAAUAUUCACUUCAAGCGCAAGAAUAUAACUUACGAAUGCGCGAAUUAAAUCGAGAGGCAGCAAGAAAAAUCUUUGAUUCUCGAAAUAAUGCAUACUGCAAAGAACCAUUUAUAGAUUUACACGGGUUGCAUGUGGACGAGGCGAUAGAAUUUUUGGAUGCAAGUAUUUACACCAUUAUCGAAUCUUUUGAAGCACUAGAACUCGAAAAUUACAAAGGAUCGAUUUAUAUUGUUACUGGAACAGGUCAUCAUUCACAAAAUAGAAAAGCCAAAUUAGGCCCGGCGAUAAAAGAUACGGCGGUGUGA